AUGCAAUUUCUUAAUAAAAAUAAAUUAAGAAUGGAAAUACCUGAAAAUUUUGAUCCAGAGCAGGCAAAUAUUUUUAGCACAGAUCAUCAGCAAGACUUUCCUCCAGAAGAUCAAUUUCAAAAUCAGCCUGGCUUUGCAGAAAGUGAAAUAGAAAAAGGUAAUGAGUUAGCUAAUGAAGGCUUAAUCGAGCAGCUUGGAGGAAACCUUGUUGAUAUUGUAGAAGAUGAGAAUUUCAACGAAUUCGGCAAUUUCGGAAGCGAAAAUCCAAAUAAUUUAGAGCCUCAAAGACAGGCCUUCCAGAAUUUAGAAAAAGAAAUCAGCGAAUUAAAAGGAACUGAAAAUUUUGGCGAAGAUAAAAAUCCUGUAGAAAAUGUCUAUGAAAACGAGCAACUGCCUCAGGAAAAAUUUUAUUCAAGAGCUUCGUCGAAAUUCGAAGAAAAAAAUGAAAUUCCUGUAACUGAAGAAGUAAAUCCUACGAAUUUUGGCUCUGAAAUGGGAGAACUUGAAGAAAAAGAGUUUAAUCAAGACCUAAAAUCCAUAAGAGAUAAGCCAAUAAAGAAAUCGCAUGCCAGAGGACCAUCUGAGCAUAAGCAUAAAGAAAAAUCUAAAGCUGAGAGUGAGCAUAAACAUAAGAAAAGUGAAAACUUAUUCUCUCUUGGCUGGCGAGCAAAAAUAUUAGAAAGAUCUAUUUUCGGAGAAUUAAACUCACCUUAGUUAGCAAGCAAAAAUAUGCAAUUAAUAUAAAUAAUAAUUUAGUAUAUAAUAAAUGAUGAUUAUAAUAAAAUUUCAAGCUAAAUCAAUAAGGCUUUAGACAACAUACUUUCUAAAAUAUAAUUUUUAAAUUGAGUUAGAUUUUUAUUCCAUAUAUUUUAUAUAUAAAGGUUUUAAAAUAAAUUAACUCCCUUGGUUAGAUUUUUUGCACUUCAAGGCAGGAGAGUUAGAACAAAAAUUCAAUGAGUUUGAAACAGCAGAAUUUGGAAAACAAAUUAUUCAAGAAAUCGUUCAGCCAGUGUUUGAAGAGAAAAAUAUAAACGAAAAGAAAGAUUUACCUAAAAAACAUAAGAAUAAUAAAUUCUCCAAAAAACGGCCUAAUCUUGCCCCUUCAGAAUCCUCAGCUUCUGAUAAUGAAAUAUGAAAGGUGGAAUUUCCUUCACAAGAUCUUGUACAAUCAAUAUCAGAAGAAUCUCACAACGACCAAAAAAUUAAGGAGCUCGAAUUAAAGCUGAAGCAAUAUGAAAUGUUAUUUAAAAAACAAAAUCAAGAGCUCGAAAAUUUAAGAAAACAGCUUCGUGAGAAAAAAGCUGAAAGUUUAGAAGUAGCAAGCAGAAUUGAGUAAAUUUUAUAUACACUUAACGAAGCUGUAUUUUAUUAAAAUAAGCUGAUAUCUUAUUAUUACCAUCUUUAGUCUAAUUCAGCCUAGCAAAGCAUAGGACAUCUUCGCAAAUUUCUACACCUUCUCAGCAGAAUAUAGAAAAAAAAUUUAACUCAAAACCUAUGCUUCCUGAAGAAUACGAAUUUUGAAAGACUUCUGAAGAAAAGUCGCAAGGAUCUUAUAAAGAACCUACAAAGCUAGAUGAAAUCGCAUCUUUAAAAGACUUGUGGAUCGUAAGCAUGGAAAAAAGGACUCCAUCUAUUGAGCAAACUUUAAGCAAUAAUAGAAAAAGCUCUGGGUUCAAGCAAAAUCCUCUAACAAAACCGAACAAUAGAAUUCUUUUUGUUGGAAAAAAUCAAAGGGACAAAAGUUUGCCAAAGCUAAAUCUUGAUAAGCCAAAUAUUUUUGGAGAUGUUAGAAAAUCUAAUGAUUCACUUAAAGCUCCACAAAUGCAGCAGAGAAAGUCUUCUGUAAGUGGAAAGCCACUAUUGCAAAUAAAACAAUAA